AUGGCUCGUAACGUCGUCAUCUCAGGCUACGAUGGCGGCGACUGCUGCGAGUGCACGUGCGAGGGAGACGACGACGACUACAAGUGCAUGCAGUUUUCUUGCAUCGACCCCAACGCGCCCUGCGUAAACGAUGACGACAUCACAGUGGACAUGUUCGACAACUGCGGCUACGUCUCGGGGAUAGGCGACGGGUGGUGCGACAGCAACAACAACAAGGAAGCAUGCGGCUACGACGGCGGCGACUGCUGUUCGUGCACGUGCGAGAGCGUCUGGGACGACGACUACACCUGCGGCGAGGACGCCUUCUUCGACUGCAAAGACCCGAGCGCGGCGUGCUUCGGCGAAGAAACCGCUAUGGGCAACGGUGAUGACUCCACCGGCAGAUCGUCCGAUCCCGACACAGAGUACGAGUUCGUUCCCUGGGAACAGACGGAGCCGCUUCCAACGGUCGACGACGCUGUGGAGGUGGGUACCAAGACCGAGGUAAGCGUGUCGGCCACCGCCCACGACGUGCGCGCCGGCAGAAGCAGCGGCGAGGUCGGGUGCGGAGAGGCCGGCGGCAACGGCUGUGCGGCGAACAACGCCCGGGACGGUAUCAGCACCGAGAUCGAGUCGAGGUGGUCGUGCGCCGCCAAGCUCCUGGAUGACGAAGGGCCGUGCCAGAUCGAGUUCUCCUUCGCCGAGCCCCAGAACAUCGUGGACAUCCAGGUUGCCUUCUGGAAGGGCAACGAGCGAGUCCGAACGCUGGAGGUGUACGUCAACGGCGAGCUGACCCACACGCACGAGUCCUACGCCGAUUCCACCUUCAACACGCUGGGCGUGACUGCCAACGAGGCCAACACCGUGAUGCUCGAGUCGGUCUCCCUCCUCUCCAACGAAUGGAUCAGUCUAAUCGAGGUGCUCAUCUUCGUGACACCCUGA